UGUAUAUAAAAGUGAAUGACGAGCGAGCGCGCGACCCAGUCGCACCGCGUUCGAGCAUUAGCGGUCACGGCACCAGGUAAACCCACGGCCGAACAGCCGCUCUCAAGCACCGGUCACUCAGUUCGCGAUUCGCGCCUAGCCCACACCGGCUACACAGCACACACGCGACUCAAUCCACCCAUCUCCCGCUUUCCCGUCUCCAUGAGUGGGGACGCAGGCUAUAUCACCACGAACUACAACAUGCGUAACAAUGUCAAGCCCUCCUUCUGGGAGCAGAGAACGCGUAUGGAGAAGCGGCUCAUGCUGGCGGUGGGUGUGAUGGCAGUGCUGGCCGUGGCCUUCCUCGCUGCUUUCCUCGCCGUCGUGCUCUUACGGAACACCCCCGACGCCGAUGACAUGCCACAGACUAGCGAACUGAGAGUCUCCCCAUCCCAGCCGCCAGCUGUUAUAUCCAAGAGCGACCAGGGCGAAGACUUAGUAUGCAACGCGGCCGGGUGUGUCCAUACAGCUUCAAAGUUGCUACUGAACAUGGACGACAAAGUCGAUCCUUGCGAUGAUUUCUACGACUUCGCCUGCGGUUCCUUCGUGAAGAGCACCAGGAUUCCUGAUGACAAGACCUCCGUGAACACCUUCUCUAUCAUCACUGACCAGUUACAAGAGCAAAUCAGAUCUCUCCUGGACGAGCCUAUCACAGAAAAUGAGCCUCGCCCGUUUGUGCUUGCGAAAACGCUGUACCAGGCCUGCAUGAAUAGAACUGCCAUAGAAGCUCGCGGUGUGCAGCCUCUCCUUGACAUGCUCGAGCGCUUGGGAGGAUGGCCGGUGCUCAAAGGCAACGCCUGGGACGAACGCACGUUCACGUGGGACGAGUCUGUAUACAAGUUCCGCUCGGCUGGUUACUCUGUGGACUACUUCAUCGAUUUCUCCAUCAGCGUUGACGUGAAGAACUCCACAAAACGGAUCAUUGAUCUCGAUCAGGCAUCUCUGGGUUUGAGCCGGGAGUACUUGAACCGAGGCUUCAGCGACAAGCUGGUGGUGGCCUACUACGAGUACAUGGUCGACAUCGCCACCCUCCUGGGAGCAGAUCGUGCCCGCGCCGAGGUUGAGCUCAAAGACUCACUGAUGUUCGAAAUGAAACUUGCCAAUAUAUCCUUGCCAUUAGAAAAACGUCGUAACGCAACGAGCCUCUACAAUCCGAUGACGAUUCGUGAGCUGCAGCAGAAGUUCCCUAGGAUCCCCUGGCUGACUUACAUCAACCGCCUCCUGGCUCCACACAUCCAAGUUGGUCUGGACGAAAUCGCCAUAGUCAACGUUCCUAAAUACAUGACCGACCUCGAGGAACUUCUUGAAAAUACACCCAAGCGUGUACAAGCCAACUACGUUAUGUGGCGUGUGGCAGGCGCUUCCGUGUCUUACUUGACGGAGGAUUUGCGGCGGCGGCAACUGGCCUAUGUGACAGCACUCUCUGGAAAGACUGAGCGCGAGAGCCGGUGGAAGGAAUGCGCUGACACUGCUAGCGUGAGCAUGUCUAUCGCCGUGGGAGCCCUCUACAUCAGGAAAUAUUUCAACGAAAAUUCUAAGGCCAACGCGUUAGAAAUGGUUAACGAUAUUAGGCAACAAUUCCGCAAAACGCUCACUGAAGUGGACUGGAUGGACGAGAUGACGCGCAAGGAAGCGCUUGAAAAGGCAGACGCGAUGGCUUCUCACAUCGCCUACCCGAAUGAAAUGCUCGACAAUGAAAAACUGACAAAAUUCUACGCUGGGCUGGAGAUGUCAUCUGACAAGCUUAUGGAGUCUGUCUUGAAUCUCACCCUCUUUGGAACUGAAUACCUGUUCAGUAGACUCCGUGAGCCAGUCAACAAAACCGACUGGGUGACCCACGGCCGUCCCGCCAUCGUGAACGCCUUCUACUCCUCUAUUGAAAACAGCAUACAAUUUCCAGCCGGUAUCCUGCAAGGAGCAUUUUUCUCAGCGCAACGUCCAGCUUACAUGAACUAUGGCGCCAUAGGUUUUGUUAUCGGUCACGAAAUCACUCAUGGCUUCGAUGAUCAGGGUCGUCAAUUCGAUAAAAAUGGUAAUCUGAUUGACUGGUGGCAAGAAAUGACUAAACAAAAGUAUUUGGAGAAAGCCAAAUGUAUCAUUGAUCAAUACUCUAACUACACUGUGAAGGAAGUGAACAUGAAGCUUAACGGCGUCAAUACUCAAGGAGAAAAUAUUGCUGACAACGGUGGAAUCAAGGAAGCUUAUUAUGCUUAUCAAGCUUGGACGCAGCGCCACGGUGAAGAGGCUCGACUACCAGGUCUCGAAAAAUACACUCCUAGACAGCUAUUCUGGAUGAGCGCAGCGAACACAUGGUGCUCGGUGUACCGCAAUGAAGCCAUCAAACUCCGGAUCACGACCGGCUUCCACGCGCCAGGCCGAUUCCGCGUCGUCGGCCCCGUGUCCAACAUGGAAGAAUUCGCUUCCGACUUCAAAUGCCCCGUCGGUUCUCCGAUGAACCCGGUCAAGAAAUGCAAAGUGUGGUAAACUCCUCGCAAGAGCCCAGGAAACGCUCUCUCUCGGCCCAAAGCAAACGGACCUGUCGACCGACGAUCAGUUAAUUGUUUACUUAAUCUUUUUCGCACUAUUGAAGCCGUUUCCUUCACACUGCGACGUUCUUGCUCCAGUAACGUCAGCGGGUCCGGGCACAAUUAGAUGUGAUGUUGGAUGUUCUAUGUCAUAUUUUGAUGUUUAGACAUGAUCGAUAAUAAUAGUUAUGUAAAAACUUGUUCUUCGCAAAGCUCUUUGAUCGAUCAAUAAAUAUUUAGUAAAAAUGAAUUUUCUUGAACAUGUUUACAUUAAGUACCUACCUAUUAUUGAUGUCGCCCGAGUUUUAUAACUCACUAUUUUACAUGCAUUUUAAGUAGAAGUUAAUUAAUAUCAAAGUAAUUAAUCCCAACUCCGCAUUGGUGAGAUAUUUAGACUUACCACUAAGAUUGUUGCUUGAAGUCAAUUGUUUAAAUUAUUUACCUUAUAUUACUUACUUACCUUCUUCAAUCUCUGCUCCUAUUUGCUCUUACUUAUAUCCUAUAUCUCUCAUCAUCCGAAUUAAAAUUAUUAGCUUAAACCCUCUUUAGAAAUCUUUCAUGUCUUAUACGUCUGGUUUUAAAAUUAAUUUACGAUUUCACUUAAUUUAUUAUAAUAGCGCAAGCGAAUGGUCCCACCCACCAUUCUUUAAUGUUAUCAACGUUGCAUUGCCUGAUAAGUUUUCUAAUGUAUACCCUGACCCAAUAUUAAGAACCUGCAGCGGAGUGGAAAAAACUAAAGUCGUAUUGGUUUUUAAUUAAAUGCAGUGAACUGAUGAUAUUUUGUUGUCUUCUAGUAGUUCUGUUCUCUUAAUCGAUGAACCAAUUCUACUUCUCUAUUUUACACAGUAGCACAAUUUUUUAUUGUAACACAUACACACUUGCGUACGUAUAGUUUUUAUAAAACACGAACACAUGUAUAUGUACCUACCCAAAUUCAAGACACAUGAUUGUGUUCAUCAGUUAAAGGCGUGAGUGGGAUGGAAACUCCUUACAAAGUCAGUUAUUAACCAGACGGUUCAUGCGAAUUUUGAUUAUAUACCUAUCCUUAUUGAUUAUAUACCUAUCAGAUCCUCAAUCCUCACCUCUUCGUACCUACAGUCAUUUAUCAGUCAGUGAUUCAUAUCUUUUCCUUUAGUCACAACAUAGCACUAUUUAAAAAAAAAAACUAGCAAGAAACUGUAGUUUACUUCGUUUAAUUAAAAAUCAUUAAUGCUUUUAAUUAACAUAAAAUCGUAGUUUUAUCAGGCAUAGUAUAAAAUUAUAUCUGUCACCGAGAAAAAAGGUAACCAGUGAUCGAUUCCGCAAUCUGCUAGUAGCUAGCGAUAUCACGAAAUCCUGGAAGUAGCCGAAUAUCCAAAUUGAUUUUACUAUAUUCUCUUCGUGGAAUGAAGAAAGUGGAAGAUAAUAAGCCCUCUCGAAAUCAAUUCCUGGCUACGGUUAUGAUUUGAUACCAUAAAGGCGGAAUUACAAGUUAAAUGUACUAAUUUGAGGUUAACGUGUAAAGAUUUUAUACAUUUGUUGUACAAAAUGAAGAAAGAGCUUUUUCUUUAAACACUAACUUAUCUUCGACAUGAAAUUCGCUCUCUCUGUUGAAAGAGAAUACUAACUUCAUUCCACGGAUAGGGUAUAAAAAAAUAAUCUAGUGAAAUGUUAAAAUAUUGAACUUUUUUUAGUAAGGCGCUCCGCCCACUCAGACUUUUACAGACCCGAUAAUCGGGCCACCGACUUUUAUCCUAGAUUUUUUUGUUAAACUUUUUAUAGGACGUGUGCGCAAUAUUACAACCUGUGUUCCGUUUUUACCGACAAAAAAUCGGUCUCCGAAUGUCGGAGAUGAGCGUCAAACUGAGGUACUAAGUUGGAGGCUUCUUUCGGAAUUUCGUUAUAUCCCUAGGAAAUUCGCCAAAUCACUGAAACUGCCUUUUCCCUGUGACAUAUCCACAAAAUGCCAAUCAGUAUUUAUUUAUUUGAAUGAAUUUUACUAAAGAAAACUGUUAUGAAAACUUAUACCUACUUUGAAACCUGGAUUUCUUUAUAAACAGUGAUAAUUUAAUUUUGCUUUAAGGACUUAGUUAAGAAACAAUUUUGGAUAAGAUCUUAUUGUUGUAAACAUUGGAUAACCAAUACAAAGAUGAUUUUUAUGGA